AACUAUAAACUUUUUUCUCUUCACUCUUUUCUACUAUUUCUCUCUUCAUAGAUCCAAUGGCAACUAUCAAAUCCAUUAAAGCUCGUCAGAUCUUUGACAGCCGUGGUAACCCCACCGUUGAGGUUGAUGUACAUGUCUCAAAUGGUGUAUUUGCUAGAGCUGCUGUUCCAAGUGGUGCAUCCACCGGAAUUUAUGAAGCCCUUGAAUUGAGGGAUGGAGGAUCUGACUACCUUGGAAAGGGUGUUUCAAAGGCUGUUAACAAUGUCAACUCAAUUAUUGGCCCUGCUCUCAUCGGCAAGGACCCAACCGAUCAGACUGGUCUUGAUAACUUCAUGGUUCAUGAGUUAGAUGGAACUCAAAAUGAGUGGGGUUGGUGCAAAGAAAAGCUUGGUGCAAAUGCCAUUCUUGCUGUGUCACUUGCUGUGUGUAAAGCUGGUGCUGCUGUCAGGAAUGUUCCAUUGUACAAGCACAUUGCUGAUUUGGCUGGUAACAAGAAGUUGGUAUUACCAGUUCCUGCCUUCAAUGUGAUUAAUGGUGGAUCUCAUGCCGGAAACAAACUCGCAAUGCAGGAAUUUAUGAUCCUUCCUGUUGGAGCUGCUAAUUUCAAGGAGGCCAUGAAGAUGGGCUGUGAAGUCUAUCACCAUUUGAAGGCUGUGAUUAAGAAGAAAUAUGGUCAGGAUGCCACAAAUGUCGGUGAUGAGGGUGGUUUUGCUCCUAAUAUCCAGGAGAACAAGGAAGGUCUUGAAUUGCUCAAGACAGCCAUUGAGAAAGCAGGUUACACCGGAAAGGUGGUCAUUGGAAUGGAUGUUGCAGCAUCUGAAUUUUACGGAAAGGACAAAUCUUAUGACCUGAACUUCAAAGAAGAGAGCAAUGACGGCUCACAAAAGAUAUCAGGUGACCAACUCAAGGAUUUGUACAAGUCAUUUGUGUCCGAGUACCCUAUUGUCUCAAUUGAAGAUCCAUUUGACCAAGAUGACUGGGAGACCUAUGCUAAGCUCACCACUGAGAUUGGGGAGCAAGUACAGAUUGUCGGAGAUGACCUCCUUGUCACCAACCCUAAGAGGGUCGCCAAGGCAAUUGCAGAGAAGACUUGCAAUGCUCUUCUUCUCAAGGUUAACCAAAUCGGCAGUGUGACCGAGAGUAUUGAAGCUGUGAAGAUGUCUAAGAAGGCAGGUUGGGGUGUAAUGACCAGUCACCGCAGUGGAGAAACAGAAGAUACCUUCAUUGCUGAUCUUGCUGUCGGUUUGUCAACGGGACAAAUCAAGACUGGAGCUCCUUGCAGGUCAGAGCGUCUCGCCAAGUACAACCAGCUUUUGAGGAUCGAAGAGGAACUCGGAUCAGAGGCUGUUUAUGCAGGAGCAAGCUUCCGCAAGCCCGUUGAGCCCUACUAAAUUUCAGCAGUUAAAAGAUGUUGAGAUUGUUGAGUUCUUGUUCUGCCAAAAUAAAUUCCUCUUAGAUUGGUCAUUUUAGGAUAUAGUAUAUGAUGACCUUCGUGAAAUAACAAGCAGACUCAAAACAAUUUUUGUUUUGUGAGGUUUUAUUAGUAUUUUGAAUUCUGAAAAAAAAAGAGAGUUCUUUUUUUAGGCUUGGUGACUGUAAAACUUUGAUAUGCAAGUUUGUACUAUGUUCUAAUUAAAUAUUUUGAUGGUUUUGCUUUUU